GGCCGCGGCUGGUUCCCCCCGCAGCAGCAGCCCCCCCGCCAGCCCGAAGCGGAGCUCACCCCCGCCCCCAAGGGACCCUGAGGAGGAGGACGGCCGUCGUCCCGAUCAUGUAGAGCUCCAGGUGCCGCUCGCUCAGGCCGCACAGUCGCUAUGAACAAUGGCGCAGCUGUACUACAAAAAGGUGAACUACUCACCCUAUCGAGACCGGAUCCCCUUGCAGAUUGUCCGGGCGGAAGCAGAGCUGUCCUUGGAGGAGAAGGCCUACCUCAUUGCUGUGGAGAAGGGAGACUAUGCCAGUGUGAAGCAUGCCUUAGAGGAGGCGGAGAUCUACUACAACAUCAACAUUAACUGCAUGGACCCUCUUGGACGCAGCGCCCUUUUAAUAGCCAUAGAGAACGAAAACCUGGAGAUUAUGGAGUUGCUGCUGAGCCAUGGCGUCUACGUGGGGGAUGCUCUCUUGUAUGCCAUUCGGAAAGAGGUGGUGGGAGCUGUUGAGCUGCUGCUGAAUUAUAGGAAGCCCAGUGGGGAGAAACAGGUCCCCACCUUGAUGAUGGACACCCAGUUUUCAGAAUUCACCCCGGACAUCACUCCCAUCAUGCUGGCAGCCCACACCAACAACUAUGAGAUCAUUAAGCUGCUAGUCCAAAGGCGGGUCACGAUCCCGCGCCCACACCAGAUCAGAUGCAACUGUGUGGAAUGUGUCUCUAGCUCUGAAGUGGACAGCCUGAGGCACUCCAGGUCGAGGCUGAACAUUUAUAAAGCCUUGGCCAGCCCUUCGUUGAUUGCCUUAUCUAGCGAGGACCCGAUCCUAACAGCCUUUCGGCUGGGCUGGGAGUUGAAGGAGCUCAGCAAGGUGGAGAACGAGUUCAAGGCGGAAUACGAGGAGCUUUCUCAGCAAUGCAAACGGUUUGCAAAGGACCUUCUGGAUCAGGCGCGGAGCUCCAGAGAGCUGGAAAUAAUCUUGAAUCACAGGGAUGAUCAGAGCGAAGAGCUGGACCCCCAAAAAUGUCAUGAUUUGGCAAAGCUAAAGGUAGCAAUAAAGUAUCAUCAAAAAGAGUUUGUCGCGCAGCCAAACUGCCAGCAACUCCUAGCAACCCUUUGGUACGACGGAUUUCCUGGCUGGCGGCGGAAGCACUGGGCGGUCAAACUCUUAACCUGCAUCACCAUUGGACUGCUGUUCCCCGUGCUUUCCGUGGCCUACCUGAUCGCACCGAAGAGCAGGCUGGGACUGUUCAUUAAGAAGCCAUUCAUCAAGUUUAUCUGCCACACCGGCUCGUACCUGACGUUCCUCUUCAUGCUCCUCCUGGCGUCCCAGCACAUCGUCAGGACUGACCUCCACGUGCAGGGCCCUCCGCCCACCGUGGUGGAAUGGAUGAUCCUCCCGUGGGUUCUAGGUUUUAUUUGGGGUGAAAUCAAGGAGAUGUGGGAUGGCGGCUUCAACGAAUAUGUGCACGACUGGUGGAACCUCAUGGAUUUUGCCAUGAACUCCCUCUACCUUGCCACCAUCUCCCUGAAAAUUGUCGCCUUUGUCAAGUACAAUGGUUCCCGUCCAAGGGAGGAAUGGGAAAUGUGGCACCCUACCCUCAUUGCAGAAGCCCUGUUUGCAAUAUCAAACAUUUUAAGCUCCUUGCGUCUCAUCUCCCUGUUUACAGCAAACUCUCACCUGGGACCCCUGCAGAUCUCUCUGGGACGUAUGCUGCUAGACAUCCUCAAGUUCCUCUUUAUUUACUGCUUGGUGCUGCUCGCUUUCGCCAAUGGACUCAACCAACUUUAUUUCUAUUAUGAGACCAGUGCCUCCGAAGAGCCCAACAACUGCAAGGGCAUCCGGUGUGAGAAGCAGAACAACGCCUUCUCCACGCUUUUCGAAACUCUGCAGUCACUCUUCUGGUCUGUGUUUGGUCUGUUGAACCUCUACGUCACGAACGUGAAAGCCAGACACGAAUUCACAGAGUUUGUCGGGGCCACCAUGUUUGGAACGUACAACGUCAUCUCGCUGGUGGUCUUGCUCAACAUGCUCAUUGCAAUGAUGAACAACUCCUACCAGCUCAUAGCGGAUCAUGCAGACAUUGAGUGGAAAUUUGCACGUACAAAGCUCUGGAUGAGUUACUUUGAUGAAGGUGGCACUCUGCCGCCCCCUUUCAACAUCAUCCCCAGCCCAAAGUCAUGCUGGUACCUUUGCAAAUGGAUCCACAAGCAGCUGUGCCCAUCUCAGGAUUUAGAAAGCGAACAGAAGCAUGAGAACCUUAAGACAUUCACGGAGCGGCAUGCUGACAACUUGAUUCAGAAUCAACAUUACCAGGAAGUGAUCAGAAAUCUGGUGAAGAGAUACGUUGCAGCUAUGAUAAGAAAUUCUAAAACCAAUGAGGGAUUAACUGAAGAGAACUUUAAGGAAUUAAAGCAGGAUAUCUCAAGUUUCCGCUACGAAGUCCUUGACCUCUUGGGUAACCGAAAGCCCCAGAGGAGAAGUUAUUCCACCAGCAGCACUGAGGUCUCCCAGAAAGACGAUACCAACGAAGAAUGUGCUGGAGAAACCUCCAAAGCAAAGAGUGUUUCUUUCAGCGUCGCUAACAAGAAGAAAGACUUCAAUGUAUCUGCUCUGAUUAAGACAAUGUCUGGGAUCGAAAUGGUGAAUGAGAAGCCAAAAAGCAACGGGAUAAACAAGCGUUCCUUCGUCCGCAACGGGAACAGGGUCCAGAGACUUUCCAGCUCCAAGAAAGAGUCCUUCAAAAGACUGGGCCUCUUGUUCUCCAAGAUGAACGGCCAUCUUGCGGAGCCAAAUUCGGAGCCUAUGUACACCAUUUCGGAUGGGGUCAUCCAGCCACAUUAUAUGUGGCAAGACAUUAAAUAUUCUCAGAUGGAGAAAAAACGAGAUGAGAACUGUUCCCAAAGUGAAAGUAACCUCAAUGAGGUGGACUACAGUAGGGACAUCAGGCACACGACGGGACAGAGCCAAUGCCCUGUGGUCUGUACCAGCUCCCUUCACUGUGCUUCCAGUAUCUGCUCCUCCAACUCCAAGCUCAUAGACUCCUCCGAGGAAGUUUUCGAUUCCUGGGGAGACGCUUGCGACUUGUUUAGGAACCAAUGGAAAGAUGGCCAGGAGGAUCACAUUACCACUCGCCUAUAAGUAGAGCUAUUAAGUAACCUGCUGUAGAACAUAACUAAUACUGGAAUCUGUUUGCUAUCAUGGGACUACAUAGUUUUCUGUUCCAUUGCUCCUGAUGAGUAUAGAACUUAGAUUGUUUUAGUCUAUUUUAUAGCCACAGCAUCACACCUUUCUUUUUAAUUUGCCUUUCUUAAACUCACAGAUGCCAGACUUUUUAAAAAAAUGUUUAUUUGAAUGGCUCAACCUUUUAAAGGAUAUUAAGAUUCCAUAGGGUAAUUUCCUAAUGUUUGCUUCAUAUUUCCUACAUGUUUCUCUCCUGGUCGUUUCUCCGGUAAUCUUUUAAAUUCCAUUUAGGAUUUAUAUAUUUUUGCUAUAGAACAUCCAAAGUUCUCUCAACUGUCACUUCUCUCCCAGCCUCCACUUGGUUAGCGGCUCUGCGUUCUGCCAUUUUGUGUUCCAUCUUCUGGCCACCCACUGCUCCCUUGAACUGGCAGAUGCCCAGUGACUUAGCUGGAAGCUAAGAGCCAAAUUAAGGGCCAUGUUACACAUUGUGCUGAGCCUGUGAUUGGCCUUGGCACACCUGGUUCUUUUCCUAAAUCAUAGAACAGGUGGAGGGGAAUCUGGACUGAGAGUAUGGGAUGGGCUUCAAUGCUUUGCCCCAAACAGUCCAAAUCCAGAUCAGGCCCUUUUUUGGCUGCUGUUGGGGGCGCGGGGGACACCAGGGCCAAAGACGUGCUUGAAACAACAAGUGAUUUGGCCCUGAGGCUACCAGUAAGGAGAAGAGUUCAAAUAUAUACGGGCUUUUCGCUUUCAAGCAAUACAACCUUCUAUGAUUUCAACUGUAUGUCCUUUACUAAGGUUGCAUAUUGUUUUCUUAAUGUAAACUACCACCACAAUGAGUUAAAGUUGAGUUCUGGAA